GAGGCAUUUUAUUUGUGUUCAAAUUUUCAACUUCCGUCACCGCAUUAAGAGCGCAUCUCAGUCAGACGAAGCCUUUUUAGAGAAAAAUAAUGGCCGGCCAUCAAACUCAAGGCAUCCAGCAGCUUUUGCAAGCUGAGAAAAGAGCUGCGGAAAAAGUGGCUGAAGCUAGAAAACGCAAAGUUCGCAGGAUCAAGCAGGCCCGAGACGAAGCCCAAAUCGAAAUCGAGGCCUACAGACGUGAGAGGGAAAGGCAAUUCCGGGAAUACGAAGCCAAACACAUGGGCUCCAAAGAAGACGUCGCCAUGAAAAUCGACAAAGAUACUGAGGCCUACUUGAAAAACAUGGAAAAAUUGGUUGAGGAUAAUAAGGAAAAGGUUAUCGAGGAUUUGAUUAGUCUAUGUGUGGAUAUUACUCCUGAAGCUCAUCCCAAUUACUUCGUUUUGAGAACUUUCAAUAAGAUUUAGAUACAAGUAGAUGUAUGAUUAAACUUUUAAAUUAGAGUAGACAGUAUAUUACUGAAAUGGACCAACAAACAAGGGCAAUAUUAUUAGGUAUAGAGAAAUUGGAGAAUGUUGCAAGGCAAGACAAGUAUUUUUGUUUGUUUGAAAUAUAUCAUUUUUGAUUG